GCGCGGGGGAAAAUCGUGCGGACGUGUCGGCGGAUGCGACGAGGAGAUCUGCGCUCCGUCAGCGGUUGGGAUCGCUGGUGUUCAGUCGCGGGGGGGGGGGGGCUGACGUGUCUGGAUCGCAGCUAUUGGCGCGCAAUUGCUGUGCGACGUGUGCGACGUGUCGCGCCAGGCCGGAAAGCGAGGAUCUCGAUUUAGAAAAGUGCGCCUCGACAAAUUGAAAGUGAUGGCGGCGUGUGCGUUUUCUUGUUCAUCUGCUGCUGCGGUCAAGAGCGCAGUGUUUGUGAGAGGAACCGAAUCACUCUCCGUUGGGGGGAAAGGUGGGCGCGUGUCUAUCCCUUCCACAUCGCUCUCGUGUUCAUUCAAAGCUCUGUCAGCUCGUCAACAUGGCCAUUGCCUGGAGGGUCUGGUGAAGCAUACAGUGCAGGGAGAGGGCAGCUGCCGGCGAAAGAGCAUGGCGGUGGUGAGAGCAAGCGCGAGCGAGACUUCCGAAGGGGCCUGUGCGCGAUCGUAUAAGAUCACUCUUCUCCCGGGCGAUGGCAUUGGUCCAGAGAUCAUGAAAGUAGCAAAGGAGGUGUUGAAGAUGGUUGGUCAGCAGGAAGGAAUGGAGUUGGCGUUCGAGGAAGCUCUUGUAGGAGGCGCGGCGAUUGACGAAUAUGGAAAUCCGUUGCCGGAUUCGAGUUUGGCGCUCUGCCGUAACAGCGAUGCGGUUCUUCUUGCAGCCAUCGGAGGGUAUAAGUGGGACAACAACACUGCACAUUUGCGUCCGGAGAGGGGUUUGCUUGGUCUAAGGGCGGGUCUGGGGGCGUUCGCAAACCUGCGACCUGCCACUGUGCUCCCGCAGCUCGUUGACGCUUCCACUCUGAAGAGAGAGGUGGUGGAAGGCGUCGACAUUAUGGUGGUGAGAGAGCUCACCGGCGGCAUCUACUUCGGUCAGCCCAAAGGGUUCGGGGUGAACGAGGCGGGAGAGCGCACCGGGUUCAACACGAUGAUAUACAGCGUCCAAGAGAUCGAUCGGAUUGCGCGAGUCGCAUUUGAAAUGGCGAGGAAGAGGAGGGGGAGACUUUGUUCGGUGGAUAAGUCGAACGUGCUUGAGACGUCUCAGCUGUGGCGCGAAAGGGUGACGGAGAUCGGUAAGGAGUACCCGGAUGUCGAGCUGUCGCAUAUGUACGUCGACAAUGCUGCGAUGCAGCUGAUCCGCGCUCCAAAGCAGUUCGACACGAUCGUAACCGGGAACAUCUUCGGCGACAUCUUGUCGGACGAGGCGUCGAUGCUCACAGGCAGUAUCGGAAUGCUUCCCUCGGCAAGUGUCGGGGAGUCGGGACCCGGGUUAUUCGAGCCUGUGCAUGGCUCUGCCCCUGACAUUGCAGGUCAGGACAAAGCUAAUCCCUUGGCCCAAGUUCUGAGUGCGGCGAUGAUGCUCCGGUACGGACUGAACGAGCCAGCAGCGGCGCAGAGGAUCGAAGCCACGGUCUUCAACGUUCUCGACAAGGGCUACCGCACGGGCGACAUCAUGUCAGCAGGGAAGACGCUUGUCGGAUGUGCGCAGAUGGGCGACAUUCUUCUGCACUCUCUCAGCCAGAGCACGGAGUCUCAUGCCGCUUCACUAACUGCAUAAUUAACACUCAACCUAAGUUUUGCGAACUAUGCACUGCAGAGUCUCAGGCAGACAGACAGACAGACAGACAGACAGACAGACAGACAGAUUGACGUUUUGCACAAUUGCUGAAUGUGACAGUCUGCCGCUUGCCAGAUUGUAACCUCCCAACUUACUGCGCAUGGCAAUAUGCGUUGUCGGAUUCUUCAUUGCCGCCGAAUUUGCCGGUGUUCUUCGUAUUCUUAACCUCCCACCAACAGGCCUCUUUUUUUUUUUUUUUUUUUUUUUUUUUUUUUUUUUUUUUUUUUUUUAUCCUUUUUUUUUUUUUUUUUCCCCCUUCCCCCCUCUUUUUUUUUUUUUUUUUUUUUUUUUUUUUUUUUUUUUUUUUUUAAUUUUAAUCCCACAGCUGGUAUACCAAAUUACCAAUGAGCUGUUAAAAUAUUUACCGAUGUUCGAAUCCAUAUGCGAUCAGAUGCACAGAGUAAAAAGCAUAGACCGAUGUUAAAAAAAGUUUACGUCCUGAGAAACGAGAAGAUGCCUACCUAGCUGGCAAGAGACGUGGUCGUGCGCGUUCACAGUGUGAGGAAUACCUCCACGUAUUAGAGUCUUGAGUUGUGAUGGUCUCUAGGGUUUUCUAAAUCUCCUGGGAGGGAAGAAGGUGCUCGGCUCUGCAUGCACGUGCCACAUGGCCGUGUGUUGAGCGUUUUGACAUGUGUCCGUCCUUUUUAUAGGCUACCCAUCAGAGUACGUGAGUGAGUGUUUGCAAAGAUGCAUCUGCCCAUUCGUCCAGGGCAGGAUCGUCUGGAAGACGAAACUUCUCGGCACCCUUGCAUACAUGACAGCUCCUUAGUUGUAUGCAUUGUGUUCUUUUGCAGCCGUCCAGCCCCGCUGGACGAUGAAGGAGUGAGAAUAUCCUGUCUGUGUCCUUAUCAGGUCAUCACUAGGGAAAUGUUCUUCGCACGUCGCACGUCGCAUGUCGCUCGUCGCUCGUCGCUCGUCGCUACGAGGACCUUGUUUGAGUUGGUGGCCCAGCGGAGUCCCUUUCGUUUGGCCUAGGCCCAUAGAUUUUGCCGAGCGUUUUUCAGCAUCGCCUACCUCUCGCCUCUCAGGUGAUUGAUCUUGAGCGGGUGGAGAGGGGUAUCCUGCUACUUAGCGGGAUGGUUUUGGCUUGUGCUUCCCCAUCCCCCCGCAUGCUUCCCUUAGAUACCUCUCUGUUUCGCAAUGGUUUCAUGCCAUCUCGGUUUCGCAAUGGUUUCAUGCUAUCACAAUUGCGAUCUGGUGGUGGAUAUCGAACGCGAAGUCACGUUUUGGCUGUGCUUCCCCACCUUUUUUGAGUAACUCGAAGUCGGAACAGCGGUCUAGAGUCUAGAUGCUUUUGCUACUCAAUCUAUUUAGUAAUUUUAGUUAAUAUCUGCCGUCUGUGUCUCGGUCGUAACUGUUUAAGUUCUUGACUUGGAACCACUGCUGCUGCUGCUGCUCCCAAGAAGCCUACGUUGCCAAACCUGAACGUCGCCAGCUCCCGGACGGGUUGAAGGUCGACAGGCUAUGGUGGAAAAGAGAGGGCGAUCUCUGUUUCGCAACGGUUUC